UAUAACACUCUGCCAUGAGGGUGCUGCGCCUGUACCCUCCAAGCAGCCUGCUCCAGGGGCUUGUGGCUUUGCUGGUCAUCUGCAUCCAGCCUCCAACCCUGGGAUGGAACCAACAGGGUCACACUGAAGAGGAUGUCUUCUUGCUUCCUAUUAACUCCUCGAGCAAAUCUCUGGCCAACCUGGGUUUUGACCUGCAAACUGAAGAGAACACCCCUGUUGAGAGUGUACAAAAACUGAAGGCUACCCAGACAGGACAUACCAAGAGCCUGCCUUCUUCUCCUCCUUCUCCUGUAUCUUCUUCCAGCAGCACAUGGGAUAACGGCAGAGAGACUUUGAUUGUGUCUCCUCACCAAGAGUUUCAUCCCUCCCAGUCUCAGCAGCAGGUGUCAACUCACUGCAACAUCAGUGUGCACCGGCUGAUGCUCACCUCCCUUCUAGUUCGCUGGGGUCGCCAGCUGGGCUUCCAGUGUGACCUGUUGCUUUUUUCUACUAAUAACCAUGGCAGAGCCUUCUUCUCAGCUGCCUACAAUCGUGCUGUCUCUCCAGUAAUCAUUGAGCAUCUAGGGGUUUCUGGGGCCCAGCAGGAAUUUCGCCUCUGUGUAGGGUGUGGAUGGUCAAGAAACAGAAGGAGUGGUCACCUUAGGCAUCAACAUGCAUCUUCAGCUGCAUCUUCUACUUUUUCUUUCCUUUCAUCCACAGACCCUCAUAAUUCUUUACAAGGGGAAUCCCUGAAUUUCUGCUGCCUAGAUUUUAGUUUAGAAGAGCUGAGAGGGGAGCAGGGCUGGCGAAUGAAUCGGAAGCCCAUUGAAUCCACUUUGGUGGCCUGUUUCAUGACUCUUGUUAUCAUUGUCUGGAGUGUUGCUGCCCUCAUCUGGCCAGUGCCUAUUAUUGCUGGCUUCUUGCCUAAUGGUAUGGAACAGCGAAGGACAAGCAGCAAAUAGCAUUUG